AGAAGGAGAGGGGGGAGCAAUAAGAAAAGAAAUAAAUCUAAAGCUAGAAGACGUCCUACCCGGGAAUCCAGGACUGGAUUAUCCGAUUUAUGGAUCUGUUUUCAAAACUGGGUUUUCCUGUCAAAAUCAGGUAGAAGGAGGGUACUACGCUGACCCAGCUGCUGGCUGUCAGAUGUUCCAUGUAUGCGCUAGAGUUUCAGAACUGCCAAACUCCUUAUACAAAUACAGCUUCAUUUGUCCCAACGGUACAGUAUUCGAUCAGCAGAGAUUCAUCUGUAAUUGGUGGUUCAAUGUAGAUUGCUCAAGAGCUGAAAGUUUGUACACGCUAAACGAAGACUUGGCAGUAGAGAGAGCUCAAUUUGAAAACAACGAAGAGACUAAUUCAGGAGUGAUUGCAGUUCAAACCGAUCAGUCUGAUAAAAAUGGCGCUCCAAAUAAAGAUCAGGGUGUUCCCAAUACAUAUUAUGGAGCUCCAAAUAAAGAUCAGGGUGCACCCAAUAUAAAUUUCGGAGCUUCAAAUAAAGAUCUGGGUUCUCCCAAUUCAAAUUAUGGAGCUCCAAAUGAAGAUCUUGGUGCUUUCAAAACAAUUUAUGAAGCUCCAAAAGAAUAUCAAGUCGCUUCUAAUACGAAAUAUGGAGCUCCCGCAGAUAUUGAACAGGAUGUUCUAAACACAAAUUAUGGAGCACCAAAUGGUGAGUAUUCUACACAGGAAGCUCCAAACAAUGAACAACAAAGAAUCGAUCCAACCAUUUUUGGAGCCUUAGAAAAACUUCGAGAAUCACGGAAGAACAAGUUUGCAAAGAAAUGGAUUCUUUGAGGAUUUGUUGCCGAGGACCAAAUCCAGAACAUAAAAGUUAAAAUUUAUAAAUCAAAAAAAUAAAUGUAAAACAAAUGA